AAGGAACCAUCCGGAUGGGAAUGAGCAAACGUUUUCGUAAUAAUAGAUUUUUUGUGGGUUGGGCCGGUCCGAACGGCGACAGCGGACAAUCUCUGUUUAACCCCACACGUAAGUGAAAAACGCAAUUGCACAAAGAGAAAGUCCGGCCCACCGCACGUUCUUUCUUUUUACGUCUUGCAAAUCCCUCACUCGUUCCGCCGGUCUCACGCAAAGCUGCUUGCUUAUUUGUUCCGUGGUGCUCCGACAAAAAAAUCCCGACCCCGCAUUCAAUGAUUUGACGUACGCCGGCUCUUUUGCCUGACAAUUUAUAAAGUCCUGUGAUAUCUUCUCUUCUCCUUUUCUUUCUAUCUUCUUUUUAACGCUAUUUCUUUACAGUAAAUACACACAAAAUAAUAUGCCCGAGACAAAGUUUGACGAAAUUAAGGUCGGCCGUGGUGAGGAUUUGGUUACUUUGACGCGUUGGGUUCUUGCCCAGCAACAGCACUGCGAGGAAGCAACCGGUGAUCUGACCCUGCUGUUGACUGCUAUACAGUUUGGCUGUAAGUUUGUCGCUUCCAAGGUCAAGCAAGCUGGUCUUAUCAAUCUGCUGGGUUUGACGGGUGCUGCUAACGUACAAGGUGAAGACGUCAAGAAGCUCGAUGUGUUGGCCAACGACAUUUUCCGCAACGCUUUGAUCGCUUCUGGCAAGGCUGCGAUUCUCGUAUCUGAAGAAGAUGAAAACGCCAUGGUGAUCCAGGACAAGAACUUCCGGGGCAAGUACAUCAUCACGUUUGAUCCUUUGGAUGGUUCCUCCAACAUUGACUGUGGUGUCUCCAUUGGAACCAUUUUCGGUAUCUUCAAAGUUGCUGAUCCCGAAAACCCCACCGAGAAGGAUCUGUUGCGCAGUGGUCGUGAAUUGAUUGCAGCUGGUUACUGCAUGUACGGCUCAUACUGUGAAAUGAUUUUGUCUGUUGGUAAUGGCGUCAAUGGUUUUACUUUGGAUCCAGCCAUCGGUGAGUUCAUCAUGACCCACCCUGACAUCAAAUUGCCACCCCGAGGCAAGAUUUACUCUGUCAACGAAGGAAACUACAAGCACUUUGACGAACCUUCCAAGAAGUACGUUGAUGCCGUCAAGCAAAAGUACAGCGCUCGUUAUGUCGGCUCCAUGGUCUCCGAUAUUCACCGAACCUUGUUGUAUGGUGGCAUCUUUGGUUACCCUGCUGACGCCAAAUCUAAGCGUGGAAAGCUUCGUAUUCUGUAUGAAGUCUUCCCCAUGGCCUUCUUGAUUGAACAGGCUGGUGGUAAGGCGUCUACUGGCACAAUGAACGCUUUGGAUAUCAUUCCUGAGCACAUUCACGACCGAUCCGGUAUUUGGUUGGGCUCAAAGGAAGAUGUUGAGGAAUUGGAAUCGUUCUACAAGCAGUAAGAAGAUUUUCCUCCAACACAAACAAACAAACAAAAGAUUAGCAUCCAAUACCCUGCCCCUCCCUUUCCUCCUCUUUUAACCGGACACUCACACACACACAUCAUUUUUACAACUCGACUACUUCUCUUCUUCAUCCGCAAACACACAUCCACACACAUCGUAUAUACACUAUAUAAGAAAGAAAGAAAAACACGGAUUGACACAGUCCAAAUGUAUACAAAAAUGCACACGGCCCCUGACUUUUACCGAUAUUAUCGAUAUUACUGCAUGCAGCUGAAAAGAAAUUCGCUGAUAUGUGCAUUGCCAUGCACUGAUAAAUAGAGUACUCGCGAGAUGAUGAUGAUGAUGAUGAUGAUGCUGAUGAUGGGAUAUAUAUAUUAUACACACACACACACACACACUUAUCAUCUAUUAGAUAGAAGAGUCAUGGUGCC